CUUAAUUGUUGCUUUUUUGCUUCAAGAGAUUAGUCGUCCUUUCUGUUUCUUUGACGAUGUGAAGUGACUUCCUUUGAUUUCACGACAACGACACUCGCGUGCUCCUGCUUCCAAUUACAGUCUCUAUUCUUCCCUUUCCUCCAUCUUGCCCACUCCACUCCUAAACCAGACAGUACCUUAAUUAUCAAGGCCUCUAGAUCUCAACAACAUCCACCCGCCACAGCUCUAAGGGUCAUCUCCGGUUUCAUACAAACACAUCGGAUUGACGCUGACAGCACGCCGCGUCUCCUCCUGCGUCCCAGCACGCGAUUGUUCACUUGAAUAUCCAGCUAUGCAUCGCGUUCGCUCUUGGGCAAGAACGAAAGCGCAUGGCACCUCUCCACUCUCCAAAUCGAGCCGACAGACUCUACCCAUAAACAAUCCAUCUGCCACUCCUCAGCACACCAGGACCGGUUCCAGCCUUCAAAAUGACACAACCAACAUCCCCCCCUUCCCCUCCACAGACAUCAACGGCCUCGCGCGCCAGUCUUCGAAACCCACAGCAGACAACACUGUUGACAAUACCUCGUCCGAUGUCCCGCCACCAGCUCCACCUCCGCAAGUUGAUGGGGAGGGGGCUGUCAUAAACGAUGACGAGAAGCCUGCAAAGAAAAAUGUUGCUAUGCGAUUUUGGCUCACGGCCAGAUCCAUCCUCUUGUCCAGCUAUAUUAACUUGCUGCUCGUCUUCGUACCCAUUGGCAUUGCGGCAAAGGCUGCCAAACUAAGUCCAGGUAUCAUCUUCGCAAUGAAUGCUAUUGCUAUCGUACCUCUUGCAGGUCUACUCAGUCAUGCUACCGAGAGCGUGGCCAAGAGAAUGGGAGAUACAAUCGGUGCACUAAUGAAUGUUACAUUUGGUAAUGCAGUAGAGCUUAUUAUCUUCAUUAUUGCUCUCUCAAAGAAUGAAAUCCGUAUCGUCCAAGCAUCGUUGCUCGGCUCCAUUCUUGCAAACUUGCUCUUGAUUCUAGGAAUGUGUUUCUUGAUUGGUGGACUACGCUUCCGUGAACAGAUCUAUAACAGCACUGUCACGCAAAUGAGUGCCUGUCUACUCAGUUUGAGCGUCAUGAGUUUGCUGCUUCCUACUGCCUUCCACGCUUCAUUUUCCGACGAACAAAAGACCAAGGCCAAUACUGCCGUCUUGAAAGUUAGCCGUGGCACAAGUGUGAUCCUUCUCUUCGUCUACGUCUUGUACCUUCUCUUCCAACUCAAGUCCCAUGCAUACAUGUACGAGAGUACGCCACAGCAUAUCAUCGAUGAGGAGUUGGCCCCCGGUCCCGUCGCCCAAUGGAUGGAAACCUCAUCGGACGACUCCUCGUCAUCUUCUAGCUCCGACUCUGAACACUCCAGUGGAUCCAAUACCACAGCCAAGCGAUUCAGGAGAGUGAUGAGAGGUGGAAAACGCCGUCGCAAGUCCAGCUCUGGAUCCAAGGAGACCAACGAGAAGAUCCAACCAAGCCGGACCCCAUCCUUUGGAGCUGGUUCUGUCUCUCCAGUGAACACUGACCAAGCCGUUGACGACAAUACGGGACAUCGCCUUGGUGCAGUUGAUUUUGGUGAGGAAGGGGACGAUGAAGAUCAUCACCAACGCAGCCGAAAGAACUCUAUUAUCCGCAAGACCAAGAAGGAAAUGAAGAAGGAACGUAAGCGAGAAAAGAAAAACCGCAAAGCUGCUCGCAGAAACGGAGACGAUACACUUGCUGAAGGACCCGAAAUGAGCGAGAAAACUACCGAAGCUGAUGCGCCGCGUCGUGUUGAUUUCGCUAUGGCUCCAGAACCUGAGCCACAAUCAGAGCAGAUGGACUCUUCCCAAAAACGUCCUUUCCAUAUCCGGAACAUGGCCAGCAUUCGUCCGGCAAUUCCAAAGACCUUCUCUCAGAAUGUCUUCAUGCAACCUUCGCCUACUUUAAACCCAGUUCCAGCUGGACCUAUUCCCAGAGUUCGUUACGGCAUUCGCCGCACCAAUUCGCUUCCGGAUCGCCUCAACCAACAAAUAUCUGGUACCGCAACUCCUCAGACCCGUAUCACACCAAAUCGUGUCAACAGUCUUGCCAUUGCCGCCAAUAAGUCCGAAGAUGAAGACGAUGAGAACAUCUCUCGUACCACGGCCAUGAUGCUCCUUCUCAUCUCUACCGGUCUUGUCGCUCUCUGUGCCGAAUUCAUGGUUGACAGUAUCAAUGCUGUUGUUGAAGGUAAUUCUGGUGUUGGCGAAGCCUUCAUCGGUUUGAUCAUCUUGCCAAUUGUCGGUAACGCUGCUGAGCACGUGACUGCCGUGACGGUAGCCCACAAGAAUAAGAUGGAUCUUGCCAUUGGUGUCGCCGUUGGCUCUUCAAUUCAGAUUGCCCUCUUCGUCACCCCAUUUGUCGUCCUCCUUGGCUGGGCAAUGGACAAGAACAUGUCACUGUACUUCACGCUCUUCGAAACAGUCUCCCUCUUCGUCUCGGCCUUCAUUGUCAACUUCCUCGUCCUGGACGGUCGUUCCAAUUACCUCGAAGGUGCCCUCCUCUGUGCCGCAUAUGUCAUCAUCGCUGUUGCGGCGUUCUUUUAUCCGAAUGCAGAUGAACAGAGUAGUCUUGGUGGGGCGGAUGUCGUGGCGAAGAUGGUGAGGAGUUUGGCGGGGUUCUAGGGUGAAGGGGUUCUGGGCAUUGUGUUUCGGGGUUGAGAGUAGGUGGAAGGAGGUGGACUAUUGUGGAUGAGAAGUGGAUGUGGGGUUGGUCGAGAUGUGCUUGCUUACUGGGAGGACAUUGAUUCUUUUCUGCAAGAGUUGAUACUCGCUUGAUGAGUUGGUCUGUGCGUAUUGUUUACAUUCUUUUGGCGAGAUUGGAUGAUGGGAUGGAUGACGGCUCUUAAUCUCGCGGGCCUUCUUUGAAGCUUUUGCCUUCUCGGCGGCAAAUUUGUGGUUCAGUGUGUCCUUGGUUUCUUCUGCUUGUUCCUGCCCAAGCCUUCCAAAUUGAUCCAGGGUCCAGGCUGCUUGGCUUGGCUUUGUUUAUUAGCACGAUACACUCUCUAUUUUGAUCUCGAAGAUUUUUUGUCAGGACCUAUGACCUUUUGUUCCACUGCCCUCUUGCCUUGUAAGAUAGUGAACGUUAAUGCCCCGCUUUCGCGCAGCCCUUUGGAAAACCCUGUUUUCAGCAGUUGAGGGGCAGAUCAUCUACUCUAUGUAUCCGAUUAAUCAUCUGAGAUUCAAAGCCG